CCUAGCCAACCCAACCUCCUCCAGCCAUCCCUCCUACCGCCACCUAUUCAUCAUCCUACUUCUUCUGCCCCAAAAAACCCCUCCACCUGUACCUUGCCUACCUCCAUACCUCUACUAUCAACGUCUACAACUCCGCCUCUCUCCGCCCCGUCCGCCGCCCGCCCCCGUCUCACCCGCGUUCUUCCACUUCAUCCUACUCGGAGGACUGUAAUAUACCCUAGCCAUCAUGGAUUCCGCCGCCGAAUCCGUAGCCGUCAAUGUUCCCGAGAAGCCCAUGCCCGCGCCUAUCGAUACCUCCACGACAAGCUUACCAACACCCGAAGCCUCCGCCACAACAACGACUGCUAAGAAAAAUAAGAAGAAGAAGAAGAAGAAGAAGAAGAAGAGCAACAGUGGCAGUGAAGCUGGCUCCUCGAUGUCCACAUCCACACCGUCAACACCGACAAUAGGCCCAGAUGAAGACGAGGAGAUCUCCGGCCCCCCAACUCCUAGCGACAGCAUCGAGGGUAGCAACAAUAACCAUAACCUACCUCCUACACCUCUGUCGGCUAGCGGUAUCCUGCCGUUGACGGAAGAGACGCCGGAGGCCAUUGCUAUCGAAGAGGCGGCUACCAUUCCCGUGGCUGCGGUCGAGGACGUGCAGGCUGAGGCUGAGCCGGUCAAGAUGGAGGUGGUUCCCAUACUCGAGGAGGAGGAACCCACUGCGAAGUCAUUGGAGGAGAGCACGACGACGACGGAGGAACCAAUAGCCGAGAAGGAAGAGGACAAGGCUCACGCGGAACCCGAGUCGGAAGUCGCGGCGCCGGUCGUCGAGGAGGCACCGGAGAAGACGGCUGAGCCGAUCAAAGGGGAGCCACCGAUUGAGGAUGUCGUCGCUGUUGCUGAGCCUAUUACUGAAGCCGAGUCAAUUGCCGACGUUGCCGAGACCGAGAAGGCUAAUGAGCCGACGGAACAUGCCGAGCCCCCACACUCCGGCUCUAGCGAGGAGAGAGUGGAGGAGGAGGCGGAACAUCCACCGAAGGCCGACGCUCCGAUCGAGGACAUUGCGGCAAUACUCGAUGAACCUAAGGUCGAGGAACACGAGGACCUCAAGGCUGUGGAACCCGUCGAGGCACCCGCACACCACGAGGACGAGACACCGAGGGAGGAGCCGGUAACCACCGAGCAUGCUGUCGAGGAGACGCCUAAGGUCGAGGAGGCGCCCACGUAUGCGGAAGUUGCUGCGCCUGUGGACGUCACCGAAUCCGAAGAGGUCGCGCACAAGACCGACGAGGCUGCACCGGAGGUUGCGGAGAAGGCCGAGGAGACCCUGGCAACCCCCGAGGUGGAGGGAGUCGGGCAGAAGGAAGUUCCUAACGUCGAUGACGAGACACCCGAGGUUGCCGAAACCCACAAGGUCGAGCAUGUCGAGGAAACCCCCAAGGCCGAGCACGUCGAGGAGACUCCCAAGGUUGAGGAGGUCGCGGGGACCCCCGAAACCCACGAGGCCGAGCACGUCGAGGAGACUCCCAAGCUCGAGCAUGUCGAGGAGACGCCUUCAUACGCAGACGUUGUUUCGACUGGAGAGGCUAACUCGGAGAUUGCGGAGAAGGCCGAGGAGACUUCCGAAACCCCCAAGGCGGAGGUCGCGGAAGCCGCUGAGAAUGAAGAGACUUCCUUGGAGAAGGAGGCACCCAAGGUUGAGGAGGCCGCGGUGAUCUCCGAAGUCGCCGAAACCCCCAAGCCCGAGCACGUCGAGGAGACUCCCAAGCCCGAGCACGUUGAGGAGAGUCCCAAGCCCGAGCACGUUGAGGAAACUCCCAAGGUUGAGCACAUCGAGGAGACUCCCAAGGUUGAGAAGGCGGUGGAGAUCCCCGAAACCUCCGAAACCCACGAGGCCGAGCACGUCGAGGAGACACCCACGAUUGAGCACGUCGAGGAGACACCCAAGGUUGAGCACAUCGAGGAGACUCCCAAGGUUGAGAAGGCGGCGGAGAUCCCCGAAACCUCCGAAACCCACGAGGCCGAGCACGUCGAGGAGACACCCACGAUUGAGCACGUCGAGGAGACACCCAAGGUUGAGCACGUUGAGGAGACUCCCAAGGUUGAGAAGGCGGCGGAGAUCCCCGAAACCUCCGAAACCCAAGAGGCCGAGCACGUCGAGGAGACACCCACGAUUGAGCACGUCGAGGAGACUCCCAAGGUUGAGCACGUUGAGGAGACUCCCAAGGUUGAGGAGGCUUUGGAGACCCCCGAAACCGUCGAAGCCCACAAGCCCGAGCACGUCGAGGAGACCCCUUCAUACGCGGACGUUGUUUCGACUGAGGGGGUCGCGGAGAAGGCCGAGGAGACUUCCGAAGCCCCUAAUGUGGAGGAGGUCGCGGAAGCCGCUGAGAUCGAAGAGACUUCCUUGGAGAAGGAGGCUCCCAAGGUUGAGGAGGCCACGGAUAUCCUAGAAACCGCCGAAACCCACAAGCCUGAGCAUGUUGAGGAGACUCCCAAGGUUGAGGAGGCCGCGGAGACACCCGAAGUCAACGAGAUGACCUCCGAAACCCCCGAAACCCACGAGGCCGAGCACGUCGAGGAGACUCCCAAGGUUGAGGAGACGCCUUCAUACGCGGAUGUCGUUUCGACUGGGAAGGCUACCUCGGAGGUCGCGGAGAAGGCCGAGGAGACUUCCGAAGCCCCUAAGGCGGAGGAGGUUGCGGAAGCCGCUCAGACUGAAGAGACUUCCUCGGAGAAGGAAGCUCCCAAGGAGGAGGCCCCCGAAGCCGUUGCGAUGACUGCAGCCCCCGUUGAGUCUGUCACGGAAGAAGCGAAGACUGAACCCGAGUCCGAAGAGUCAAAGGAGGACGUGUCUGCGCCCACCGAGACGGUGCGUUCCGAGACCCCCGAGCCCGCAGCGUCCGAGCACGUCGAGCCUGCAUCCGAGCACGUCGAGCCUGCAUCCGAGCACGUCGAUGAGAAACCCAAAGACGAGGAAGUAAAGGACGAGGACGAAGAAAUUGUCCACGUCAGCCACGAUGACGCUCCUUCGGAGGAGGUUACAGCCGCCGAAGCUGCCGUCGUUCACCCUGAGCCAGAAGCCGCCACAGAGAAGGAGGUUGAGGCCGCCGAGACUGCUGCGGAGGUUGCCGACGUCGCCGAGAAGCUCGACCAGCCAGAACCGGCUGCUACUGAGAAGGAAGUCGAGAUCGCCGAGACUGCUGCCGAGGUUGCUGACGUCGCUGAGCACCUGGAUGCUCCAGAGCCCGCCGCCACUGAGAAGGAGACCGAGGCUGCAGAGACUGCUGCCGAGGUUGCCGACGUCGCCGAGAAGCUCGCCCAGCCAGAACCGGCUGCUACUGAGAAGGAAGUCGAGAUCGCCGAGACUGCUGCCGAGGUUGCUGACGUCGCUGAGCACCUGGAUGCUCCAGAGCCCGCCGCCACUGAGAAGGAGACCGAGGCUGCAGAGAUUGCUGCCGAGGUUGCCGACGUCGCCGAGAAGCUCGCCCAGCCAGAACCGGCUGCUACUGAGAAGGAAGUCGAGAUCGCCGAGACUGCUGCCGAGGUUGCUGACGUCGCUGAGCACCUGGAUGCUCCAGAGCCCGCCGCCACUGAGAAGGAGACCGAGGCUGCAGAGACUGCUGCCGAGGUUGCCGACGUCGCCGAGAAGCUCGACCAGCCAGAACCCGCUGCGACUGAGAAGGAGCCCGAAGUGGUCGAGACUGCCGCAGAGGUUACCGAAGCUGCCGUCCUUCACCCUGAGCCAGAAGCCGCCACAGAGAAGGAGGUUGAGGCCGCCGAGACUGCUGCGGAGGUUGCCGACGUCUCCGAGAAGCUCGACCAGACAGAACCGGCUGCAACUGAGGAAGAGACCAAAGUGGCGGAGACUGCUGCGGAGGUUGCCGAUGUUGCGGAGAACCUCGACCAACCCGAGGCUGUCACUGAGCAGGAAGUCGAGGUUGCCGAGGCUGCCGCCGUUCACCCCGAGCUAGAGGUCGCCACAGAGAAGGAGACCGAAGUUGCUGAGACUGCUGCGGAGGUUGCCGAUGUCGCUGCGCACCUGGAUACUCCAGAGCUCGCCGCCACUGAGGAGGAGACCAAAGUGGCUGAGACUGCCGAGGUUGCCGAAGCUGCCGUUGUUCACCCUGAGCCAGAGGCCGCCACUGAGAAGGAGACCGAAGUGGCCGAGACUGCUGCGGAGGUUGCCGACGUCGCCGAGAAGUUGGAUGUCGCUGAAACAACCACUGACAAAGAGGUUGAGGCUGCGGACACUGCGGCUGAGGUUGCUGAUGUCGCCGAGAAGCUGGAUCAACCCGAAGACAAGACUCCCGAAGUUGUGGAAUCUACGGAGGAGCCUUCCCAGGAGGUAAACGUCGACCCGCUUCCCGCAUCGGAGAUUGGCGAGAACCCCAUCCACCUUCAGCCUGGUGAGGAAAUUCCAAAGGAUAUCACUGCCGCGGCUAUCGACACUCAUGUGAAGCUCGACCAAGAGCCAUAUGAGAGUGAGGAGUCGACUGUGCCGGUUGUUCCUAAGGAACUCCAGGAAGAUGUCGCUACCGACGCCCCCGCCGAGGAUCUGUCCCAAGAGGUUAAGGUUACCCCCUUGCCCAGCUUUGAGAACGCCGAGAACCCGAUCCAGCUCGAACCUGGUGAGCCCAUUCCUGACAACAUUACUGCGUCCAUCCACGACAACGUCAAGCUCGACAAGGAGUCCUUCGAGAGUGAGGAGCCUAAUGUUCCCGCCGCGCCAGUCGAGGAGACUCCCGCAGCAGUCGAGGAGACUCCCGCAGCAGUCGAGGAGACUCCCGUAGCAAUCGAGGAGACCCACGCGGCAGCCGAACACGAGGAGGAACAGGAGGUCAAAGUUACUCCUCUUCCUGCAUUUGAGAACGCCGAGAACCCGAUCCAGCUCGCCCCCGGUGAACCGAUCCCUGAGGAUGUCACUUCGGCUUCUAUCGAAGAUCGUGUGAAGCUCGACAAGGAGUCUUUCGAGAGCGAUGAACCCAAUGUUCCGGCUGCACCCGUUGAGGAAGAGCAAGAGGUCAAGGUAUCCCCUCUGCCUGCAUUCGAGAAUGCCGAGAACCCGAUCCAGCUCGAACCUGGCGAGCCCAUUCCCGAGGAUGUCACUUCGGCUUCUAUCGACGAUCAUGUGAAGCUCGACAAGGAGUCUUUCGAGAGCGAUGAACCCAAUGUUCCGGCUGCACCCGUUGAGGAAGAGCAAGAGGUCAAGGUAUCCCCUCUGCCUGCAUUCGAGAACGCCGAGAACCCGAUCCAGCUCGAACCUGGCGAGCCCAUUCCCGAGGAUGUCACUUCGGCUUCUAUCGACGAUCAUGUGAAGCUCGACAAGGAGUCUUUCGACAGCGAUGAACCCAAUGUUCCUGCCGCACCCGUUGAGGAGGAACAGGAGGUCAAGGUAUCCCCUCUGCCCGCAUUCGAGAACGCCGAGAACCCGAUCCAGCUGGCACCCGGUGAGCCGAUUCCCGAGAGUGCCCUGGCUGCGAUCAUCGACGACAACGUGAGGCUGGAAAAAGAGUCUUAUGAGAGCGAUGAGCCUACUGUUCCGCUGGCGCCUGUUGAGGAGGACCAGGAGGUCAAGGUCAACCCUCUUCCCGCCUUUGAGAACGCCGAGAACCCUAUUCAGCUCGCCCCCGGUGAACCGAUCCCUGAGGAGGUCACUACAGCUAGGAUCAACGAUCACAUCAGGCUCGACAAGGAGUCCUUUGAGAGUGAGGAGCCCACUGUCACUGCUGCACCGGUUGAGGACGACCAGAAAGUCAAGGUUUCGCCUCUUCCUGCCUUUGAGAACGCCGAGAACCCCAUUGAUCUUGCCCCUGGCGAGAAGAUCCCCGAGGAGGUCACUACCGCUACUAUUAAUGACCACGUCAAGCUGGACCAAGAAUCCUACGAGAGUGAGGAAUCUACAGUUCCGGUGGCGCCUAUUGAGGAGGACCAGGGAGUCAAGGUCAACCCUCUUCCUGCCUUUGAGAACGCGGAGAACCCCAUUCAGCUUGCCCCCGGUGGGCCCGUCCCCAAGGUCACCACCGCCGCCGUCGGCGAUCAUGUCCAACUGGACAAGGAAUCCUACGAUAGCGAAGAGCCGAGUGUUCCUGUCAUGCCCGUUGAGGAGGAGCAGGAGGUCAAGGUAUCCCCUCUGCCCGCAUUCGAGAACGCCGAGAACCCGAUCCAGCUCGAACCCGGUGAGCCCAUUCCUGAGGAUGUUACUUCGGCCUCUAUCGACGAUCAUGUGAAGCUCGACAAAGAGUCUUUCGAGAGCGAUGAACCCAAUAUUCCGGCUGCACCCGUUGAGGAAGAGCAAGAGGUCAAGGUAUCCCCUCUGCCCGCAUUCGAGAACGCCGAGAACCCGAUCCAGCUGGCACCCGGUGAACCCAUUCCUGACGUGGCUGCUACCAACAUCGACGAGCAUGUGAAGUUGGACAAGGAGGCCUACGAGAGCGAGGAACCCAAUGUCCCGGCUGCACCCGUCGAGGAGGAGCAGGAGGUCAAGGUAUCCCCUCUGCCCGCAUUCGAGAACGCCGAGAACCCUAUCCAGCUGGCACCCGGUGAGCCCAUUCCUGAGGAUGUCACUGUGGCUUCUAUCGACGAUCAUGUGAAGUUGGACAAGGAGGCCUACGAGAGCGAAGAACCUACCGUACCGGCCGCGCCAGUUGAGGAGCAGGAGUUCAAGGUGUCCCCCCUCCCUGCGUCUGAUAAUGCGGAGAAUCCAGUUCAUCUGGCGCCUGGUGAGCCGAUUCCGGAUGUCGAGCCUGCCCAUAUUCAUGACCAUGUCAAGCUCGACAAGGAGUUCUUUGAGAGCACCGAGCCUACUGUCCCUUCUGUGCCUGUGGAGGACCUGGAGCAGGAAGUUCAGAUUGCGCCCCUGCCUGCGUUCGAGAACGCCGAGAAUCCCAUUCGGCUGCAGCCCGGGGAGCCCAUUCCGGAAGACAUCACCACUAGGUCUGUCCAGGACCACGUCAAGCUUGACCAGGAAUCAUACGAAAACACUGUGCCAAGCGUGCCCAUUGAGCUGCCUGAGGAGACGAAGACCGAGACUCCCGUUCAGGAAGUUGCGGAAACAGCGGCUGAGGUGGCAGAUGCUGCCCAGAAGUUGGACCAGUCCACUACCGAGGAAGUAAAGGGUAAGGUGUCCGUAUUUCAUAACCCUCAUUCAGUUCUUGCUUCGCCCGGGUGGAAACUAAUAUCUAGGAAAGAUGUCGAACCGACUUCGGAGGUUACCCGGGUAGAGGAGCCAGUCCUCGCUGUCGAGGAGGCUCCUGGUACGCCGCCCAUUCCAGCCGGUAUUGUGGGAUUGCGCACUGACCAGGGAUUAGCUACUCCGGCAGAGAACAACUCUACCCCUGAGCCCGCCAAGGAAGAGUCUGGAAUCGACUUGAGCGACUUCGUCGUUCCCGGCGCGUUCGCUGGUGCUGCGAUUGCUGCUGGUGCUGCCGCUGUCGUUCUUUCCCGUAAGUCGGAUGGGACCGAGGAUAAAUCCGUCGAGCCGCCAAAGGUUGAGCACCUCGCCGACGAGACGGCCCAACACAAGAAGCCUGAUGCAUCACCGGUCACGGAAGCAGUCGACGAAUCUACUGCCCACCGAGCGGCUGGAGAGGAGUUGAUCACGGAGCCCGCUCCGCAAGCAUCUCCCUCACCCGUUCACGGUAAAAUCGUUCCCGAGACCGAAAUCCCCAAGCUUCUCGAGGAUUCUGAGGCUACACGGGGUGUUACACCGACGGUUCUAGUAUCACCUCCUGCCGUAGAAGAGGGUUCUGGCCAGGCGACACGCACAGUAGAGAUCGUACAACCUACCCCUGCAGAAAAUUCGCCAGAAGGCAUUAGACAGAGGAAGAAUCUUGGAGCGACCUCUACCCAGGAGCGUCCGGCAAGCUCAGGAAGCGACAUUGUGUCUGCUAGAGCGCAUCGCAACAUCAUGCACAAUUUCUGGCAGAUGUUUUUCUUUGGUUGGUUUGGAGGCAUGGGACGGUUCUUCUCUGGUGUUUUUGGAAAGAAGAAGAAGGAGAAGAACGCCGCAAAGGCUGCUGCGGCUGCGGCUGGAGCUUCUUCAUAACGGGGAGGCGCGCUCGGGGAGUAAAUAAUGUAUGUUAUGUGUGGAGGCUUGACCGAGAGACGGGUACGUAAUGUCAUAGUAGGGCGGUUUGGGCGGGCGGGCGGCUGUUUUUUCCCUUUCGUCGCUGUUUCUCUGUAUUGGCUGUUUCUUUCUUGCGUUUUCCCUUCGUUUCUUGUUGCGGUGCGGCUUUCUAUUCUUCAUGCUCACGCGGUUUCACAUCGGUUUGUUCUUAUUCACCUUUCAUCCGCGCUCCAUGUUUGUUGUCAGGAGAUAUCA